AACCAAAUUGCUCUCCACAAUUCUAUUUUCUUCUUUAUUGCGUUUUAGUUUGUAAAUCAAAUCAGAGCCGGCGAUGAAAGCAGUCUUCAAUCUCACUUCCUCACUUCCUCUUUCCCCCUCACCCUCCCACUACUACAGGACCACCGCGAUCUUCACUCCUUCUCCUGAUCUGUUUGCUUCUCCCUCAACAGCCGUCGGCGGCGCUUUCUCGUCUUGUCGUACACAUUUCUUGACUCACUUUCCACAGCAUCCAUCUUCCUUCUCGCCUCUGCGAUGCAAUGUGAGGAAGACGGUGCCGGAUCAAGAAAUGGCGUCCACCGAUAAACAAGACCCACGCAUACCCAAAAUCUCCAAGGCCAUUCGAGUUAUCCCGGAUUUUCCUAAACCAGGGAUUUUGUUUCAGGAUAUUACAACUUUGCUUCUUGAUACAAAGGCCUUUAAGGACACUAUCGAUUUGUUCGUGGAGAGGUACAGAGGGAAGGAUAUCUCUGUCGUCGCUGGAAUUGAGGCGAGGGGUUUCAUUUUUGGCCCUCCGAUAGCUCUGGCUAUUGGUGCAAAAUUCGUGCCCAUGAGAAAACCCAAGAAGUUGCCCGGUGAAGUCAUUUCAGAAGAGUACUCUUUAGAGUAUGGAACUGAUAAAAUUGAGAUGCAUGUGGGAGCUGUUGAAGCUGGAGAACGUGCUCUUGUGAUAGAUGAUCUCAUUGCAACUGGGGGAACCUUGUGUGCAGCUAUAAGUCUACUUGAGCGAGUUGGCGUUGAGGUGGUCGAGUGUGCAUGUGUGAUCGAGCUGGAUGGAUUAAAGGGCCGUGAACGAUUGGGAGACAAACCUCUAUUUGUUCUAGUUAAUGCAGCGGGAUGAUCAUAUGCAAUAUGUCGUGUUUGGAAAUGGUGGUACUAAGAUUGUAUGGCUGCUGGAAGUUGAAGUUUCAAAGUACUCCAUAAUUUUGAAGCGGAGAGUCUGGCUAGAAAUAAAAGGGUUGGUAUUGUUUUGAGAGUUGAAGAGGUUAAACAAAAGAAGAAGAAAAAAAGAUCCGUGGAGACCGUAUUUAGCUUUUGUUUAAUCUGGUGGUAAUAUAUUUGUUGUUUGUUAAUUGGUCCUGCUGUCUCUUUUCUGCCUACCUGUUGAAGAUUGGAAGGUGAGAGAGAAGUGGUUCACGUUAAUUUUGAAUAUCUGCUGAAACUUCUUUAGUUUGCAGUUGAGUAGUUUUCAUCGAAUAAAAAUGCCUAUUCUCACCCA